AUGGCCCACGUCGUAACGCCCCUCGACCAGCCCUCGAACUACAAGGACUCGCAGGCCCGAGUUGACCGCUCAAAGCAGAACGAGCUUUUGGCGAGGUCCUCAACCUUAUAUAUUGGUAACUUGAGUUUUUAUACUACAGAAGAGCAGAUCUAUGAGAUAUUCUCAAAAUGCACGAGCCCGGAAGAGGGCGGUGGCAUCAAGCGUAUCAUCAUGGGAUUGGACAGAAACACAAGAACGCCCUGUGGGUUCUGCUUCGUGGAAUACUACACUCAUGCGGAAGCGCUUGCAUGUCUACGGUACGUAAGCGGGACCAAGUUGGACGAGCGAAUUAUCCGGUGCGACCUCGACCUUGGCUACCGGGAGGGUCGACAGUUUGGUCGAGGCAAGAGCGGUGGGCAAGUGCGUGAUGAGCAUCGCCAGGACUACGAUCCUGGGCGUGGAGGCUGGGGUGCCCAGGCUCAGAGGCUGGAAAUUGAACGUAGGAGAGAAGUCGAAGAGCGCUAUGCUGACGCUCAGGACGGCCCUGGCGCGGUCGCUGGUGGAGGUGGUGACUGGAAGGAGGCAGGGACGGCGGACAACCCGCUUAAGCGUGCUCGCUCACCCGACGAUCAGGGUGAUAGCGAGAGAGCGGCUCCCCGUGCACGCAUGGACGAUGACCACGCGCGAAUGUGA